AUGAAAUAUUAUAAGCCCGGUGAUGUCCCUAUGGUGAAAGGUGAUAAGUUAAGCCUAGACUUGUGUUCCAAAAAUGAUCUUGAGAAAGAUUUUAUAAAAGAUGUGUCUUAUCCAAGUUCUGUUGGAAGUCUUAUAUAUGCACAAGUUUGUACUUGUCUUGACAUUGCUUUCAUUGUCAAUGCUCUUGAAAGUUAUCAAACUAAUCCAGGAAGAAUCCAUUGGGUUGCUUCUAAGAAAGUAAUGAGGUACUUGAAGAAGACAAGAGAUUAUAUGUUAAUGUACAAAAGGGUUGACGACCUUGAGGUCAUUGGUUACACAGACUCAGACUUUGCUGGGUGUCCUGAUGAUUUGAGGUCCACUUCUGGCUUUAUCUUUAUGUUUGUAUGGGGUGAGAUAUCUUGGAAGAGUGUGAAGCAAACUCUUAAAGCAUCUUUCACUAUGCAAGCAGAAUUUGUAGCAUGUUAUGAUGCAGCUACACAAGCCAUUUAG